UUAACCACCACCGGCAAAACACCCACAAAAAAAGCGAGCACGCAUAAAGAAAGAUCAAAACUUCCCCAUCCCUCUUCCAAAAUCCAUCCCCUCAAAAAAAAUAAAAAUACUUCCUUUCGAAAUUUCGCUAAAAAAAAAAAUCGAAGCCGAAAACAAAUAGUAGAAGAAAGAAAAAAGUUUCAGCUUUAAGGAAAGAGAUCAAGCGACUGAGAGUGGUGUGGAGACAGAACCAACCACGAUCUGUGGUUUUUUUUUUUUUGUCCUUUUUUUUCUCCAAUCUCAGAAAUAAAAAAAGUUUCUUCCCGACACUCCCAUUUGAUCGGAGGGCUUCGACAUUGGUGGGCUCUGUUUCGCCGCUCCGGCUAAAAGUUAGUGUAAAGCAAAAAUGGAACGGUACGGUGGCGCCGGAGAAGAUGAGUCACGGUCGGAUCCAUCACAUGAAUGGUCCGCUCAAGGAACCGAAACUGGUAUCGAAGGUAACGUUGAUUAUGGGUUUCCUACAUUUUCUUUCUCUCUUUUUGUUAAUGUCUGAUUUUUACGGGGUUAAAUCUGCGAUUAGCGUUUUUGUCAGAAUUGAAAGUUUAGAUUUUUUGAAAAAUAAAUGCGGCGUUUGUAGCUUCGAUGUGGCGGUUAGGGUUGCGAGGUGGUGGAGGUGGAGGUGAAACGUUCCCGGAGCGACCCGAUGAACCCGAUUGUAUCUAUUAUUUACGAACCGGUGUUUGCGGGUACGGGUCUCGAUGUCGGUUCAAUCACCCACGAAACCGUGCUCCGGUCUUGGGAGGUCUCAGAACAGAAGCUGGAGAGUUCCCUGAGAGAAUGGGACAACCUGUUUGUCAGCAUUUCAUGCGAACAGGAACAUGUAAAUUUGGUGCUUCUUGUAAGUAUCACCAUCCUAGACAAGGAGGAGGAGGAGAUUCUGUUACUCCUGUCUCCCUAAAUUACAUGGGAUUCCCAUUACGCCCGGGGGAGAAAGAAUGCUCCUAUUUCAUGAGAACCGGUCAGUGUAAAUUCGGUUCCACCUGUCGAUAUCACCAUCCAGUCCCUCCUGGUGUACAAGCUCCAUCUCAGCAGCAGCAACAACAGUUAUCCGCUGGUCCAACUAUGUAUCCAUCGCUUCAGUCUCAAACCGUUCCUUCAUCGCAGCAAUACGGAGUAGUUCUAGCAAGACCUCAGCUCUUACCAGGCUCAUAUGUUCAAAGCCCUUAUGGUUACGGUCAAAUGGUUCUUCCUCCUGGUAUGGUUCCAUACUCGGGCUGGAACCCUUACCAGGCUUCUGUAAGUGCGAUGCCUUCCCCUGGGACUCAACCGUCAAUGGGAACCAGCUCUGUUUAUGGAAUCACUCCGUUAUCUCCCUCAGCGCCUGCUUAUCAAUCCGGUCCAUCUUCUACCGGUGUUUCAAAUAAGGAACAAACUUUUCCUCAGCGACCUGAACAACCUGAGUGUCAAUACUUUAUGAGAACCGGAGAUUGUAAAUUCGGAACCUCUUGCAGAUUCCAUCAUCCUAUGGAAGCAGCAUCGCCAGAGGCAAGUACCCUCAGCCACAUUGGCCUCCCACUUCGUCCCGGCGCAGUGCCAUGCACUCACUUUGCGCAACACGGUAUUUGCAAGUUUGGGCCUGCCUGCAAAUUUGACCACUCCUUGGGCUCUUCUUCACUAAGCUACAGCCCAUCCCCUUCUUCACUCACGGACAUGCCCGUCGCACCUUACCCCUCCUCGCUCGGCACAUUAGCUCCAUCAUCCUCAUCUGACCAAUGCACUGAGCUUAUCUCUUCCAGCUCUAUUGAACCUAUAACAACAACAACUGGUGGCUCAGAAACUGUGGCUGCUGGAGUCUCUUCUAUGACCAGUGAUGUGAGCCAUCCCGAGCCUGCUGAGACCAAUAAAGGUGAUUCAGCUAGCAAUGAGGCUAAGACUUCAAGUUAAAGAGACAAAUCUUAAAGGAGAGAAGAGAAUCUCUCUCUAUUCUUCUUAGAUUAUUAUCUCUCUUAUUCUCUCUAUAUCUCUCUUCUUCUUUUCAUCAAACUUUCAUGAACUCAGGAACAUAAAAAGGAUAUUUUUUGGGUGGAGAGACAACAACAGAAAGCAAAGCAGAGAGAUAGACGAAAGGAGUUCUCUCUACUCUUCUAUGUCAUGUCUCUCCUCUUAGGUCUCUCUUACCAUGUUCAUAUUAUUCCUUCAUACGGCCAUCUCUCUGUCUUUUGUUCUUCUUUUUCUUUUUGGAAACGAUGAUUAAUAAAUGGCCUUAUAUAUUCACAAAAAUCCCCUGUUUAUUUUUAAAACUUUAUGGAAUAUGGGAAUUAACUAAUUAAUAGUCCAAUUUUUAUA